AUGGCGACCAACGAGGCCGAUUUGGCCCCGAGCAUCAAUCCGGAGAACCAUGGACCGAAGAUCAUCAUUGUCGGAGGUAUCAUGCUCGCGGCGACGAUCUUGAUGAUUGUGAUCGCCGGUUUCAAUCGCUUUCAUGCGAAGACGACGCAUCAUAAGGAUAUUCCUAUGCUGCUGCUCGGAGCGGCCACCGACAUCGGAUGUUUCGCCGUCGUCGCAGUGGCCGUCAGUCAUGGCUUCGGAAAGCGUGUGUUCGAACUUGAUCGGCCGACACGGCACAUGCUGCUGUUCUUUGCCUCGCAUGGCAUCGUCAAGCUCUCGUACAACCUGUUGGCGCGACGCACGGGACGGAGUAAGAAGUACCAACAUGUGAUGGACGGCUUCUCGGUCAUCAUUGGGCUGUGGAUGUUGGCGAACAUCAUCGUCAUUGCGGUUGCGUUGAGGAGAACACAGUCCCCUCAUAGGUCCUUUUUCUACGCGUCUGGCAGUAUUUCCAUUGCUAUUGUGCUUGGUCAGCUGCUUGCCUUUCUCUGGAUCAUCUGGCGGACUAAGGCACCAGUGAAAGUCAAAAUACGAUGGUCGAUGUCAAUGGGUGCCUUUGUGCCUCUUUGCGUCGCCGUGAUCAUCACGCGCCUGGCGUAUACUCCCAAAGACUACCUCUCAGGCGACUGGACAUUCAACGACGUCGUGUCAGCCGUGCUGUUCCAAAUCGAACUGAAUAUCAUGACCAUGACAGUCCUGGCUCCCAAUCUCCCGGUGUUCUUCCAGAGAGCCAGUACCGGCGGCGUAUACUUCCUGCCGGGCGAAGCAACGAACCAAUCGCGGCGGGCAACAGAUGUGUCGCAGGAGCUGUCACUAAAGCUCAACCAGCUGCGAUGGAGUGGGAAAGGCGAGGCGGCGGUGUACGACGGCAAUCUUCCACACACGACUCUGACAUCGACGGUGUCGGGGACUGGCAACAAUGGCUUGACCAAGAAGCCGAGUUUCGACAGUGAUGUGAUUUUGAUGCAGAGGUCUAUCGAGGUUGGUUCGGAGCCGAAUCCGGAUCCUGCCGUGGUGCCCAGCGAGCCGUGCGAAUAG